CAGAGAUGAAACCUCCGUCAUCGUUUUCUCUCCAGCCCCCAGCAAAGCACCUGCUGGCCCAGCUGACACAACAGCUGGCCCAGACAGAGCAACACCUGAACAGUCUGAUGGCCCGGAUGGACCCCCUUCUGGAGCGUGUAACUACCCUGGAGGGAGCCCAGCAGGAGCUCCUGCACAUGAAGCUACAGACCAACCACCAACUGCUACGAGAGAGCAAGUCAAACAAGGAUGUGGAGCUUCCAGAACCAGAGACCAGCACGGCCUUUCCUAAGGUCCUAUGUAUAGAGGAGGGCGAGGAAGAGGCUGGUGAUAGUCAGGCCCGGGAGGAGCCCUUAACCUGGAGCACGGGGACAAGGAAGCUAGCAGCCCCCAGGGAAGUGGAGAAGGAGCUAGGGAGAAGAUGCAGGAAGGCGGCAGCAAGGGUCCAGGCCCAGCCCCCACCGGAAAGGAGGGACAACAGCUGACGGUUUAGUAAAACAGAGUCUGUUCUUAUGGGGGAAAAAAAAGCCU